AUGGGAUGUGGAAACUCAAGAGGAGCGGUUGUCGUGUCGCGGGCUGGUGCGGGCAUGAACGCGGAAAGUAACAACAAUAUCCACGGUGAUAAGGGCUUGAAACAACGCGGAAAUUUUGAUUUAACUGCUGGAUCUCACGACGACGAAAACAUGGCGGAUUUACCCACAUCAGACAGGUUUAACGUUAAAACCGUGGCAAACUUGACUGCUGUAAGCAGUCUGAAAGAAAAGGAAUUUGAAGAGAAACCGACUGAUCAGAAUUCAAUAAUGCCUGAUGCGGAUUCCGAACUACUUCUGUCUUCUUUCAGCACAAAAAAUCCAGCGAUGGCAGCAGUUAUGAGGGACACGUUGAGCUAUUUCGAGGCCUUAAAAAAAGCUUUACACAGUGGUACUGUGUAUUCACCUGCGACAUUCAAUCUUGUUAAAGGUCUGUUCAACGUUUACUUCAUAGACAAGACCCUGAAAAACAGAACUGGUCUCACUGAGUUUGCUGUGGCCCUAGGGGUUCCCACGCUCGCUAAUAAAAUAAUCGUUAACUGCAGAGGUGAAAACCAAGGAUUGACUACAUGGGAUAGAGAAAAAAAGAACGACCUAGUGAAUGAGGAGGAAAGGAGCAAUGAGCAGGUACAAAUCUUGGGAGAAAGUAGAAAUAAGACAAUUGUGAUGGCUGGGGGGUCUGCCUUUGGUUGUUGGGGGUGGGUAGGUGGGUCCAUUAGUGUUGUGCACUGGGGACGACUCAUUUUAUGUUACGAGGAAAGAUAUUCUUGGUGAUGUGGUGUGAUAUGCUUUGGUCUCAUGAUUCUCAGUUUUUUAUUAAUUAGGUCCAAUAAAGAAUAAUGUUAGGGUAAAAUUCUAACUAGUGGCAGCUGAAAUGGUAAGAAAAUGACACAAAAAGAUGGGUUGGAAAUGCAACAGCAAUGACAAACAAUAGUAAAAUACCGACAGGCUUCCUCCUCAAUAAAAAUGCAAAAUGAUGGAUUUUGCAAUUCAGACUAGGGACAUAUGUCCCCCCCCCCCCGCCACCCAAGAGUGCCUCAUUGAUUGUUUAAACAAUAACAAAGUGACUAACGUGAGACAAGCAGUAAUCAUAAUCAAUUAAUAAUUGAGAAACAAAGCCUAUCAGUUAUGUACAGGUAGCUCAAUUUGAAUUUAGUUGGUUUCAGAGUAGCCUGCUAGUUUUUGAGGAGAGGAGAAAACUGGAGUUCCCGAAAGAAAAACUUCUUUAGGAUUAGGAGAGAACUAACAACAAACUCAACCCACAUGGCAUCAACACCGGGAUUUAAUAAACCAGGUCAACAUUGGUAGCAUGCAUAUGUGUCAUCAGCCUUGCUAUCUUAUCAUAGGCCAGGAAGAUGGCAGAGUGAAGAUUAUCUAUCAUAACUACUGCAUGGUAGCCAUUUUUUUCAGAAAAGUACUCCCCAUCAUUAAUUUGAUUUUUUUUCAAACAUAUCCACAUUGGGAAACAGAGAGAAAAAAUGUUUGCAUAUUUGUUGAUUCCUCCACAUACAUUUUUUGUAAUAUCACAUGACAAAAUUUUACAUCAUGUCAUGCUGAGGAUGGCAAAGAAUGUACCAAAAAAAUGGUAAGUAUUUUUGAUGUUCUGAGCAUUGCACCCCUUGCAUUUUGACUUCAAUUCCCUAAUGACCUUCAAGUUAACACAAUGGAAAAAGAGUGAAGAAUAUGAUAAUUUGAAUAGUUUGCUAUUUUCUGUUACAGUUCCUGCUCAAAGAACUCUCCUGCUUCAAUUCUUUUUUUUCUCUGAUUUUCUUGUCCUUUUAUAUUUACCAUCCUUCCAUUUCCAGUAAACUUCUGUACUACUGUAGUCAUUCUUCCACUCUUUUGAGUUAAGCCAGGGUUUACUGCCCAGGGGCGGAUCUAGGGGGAGGGUGCAGGGGGGGGUGCGCCCCCCCUGAGAUGACCUGCGGUUUUCUAAUAAAACUGGUAUUCUGCAAAAAAAAACUAUGUGGUUUAUUUGUGUUGAAGUAGAGCAAGAGACAAGUGCACCCCCUCCUAAAAAAAAUCCUGGAUCCGCCCCUGCUGCCAUGCCACCUUAAGAUUGCUCGCACAUAAGUAUUAAGUAACUUGAAUUGUUACGUUAAUAAUAAAAAAAAUGUUAAUUUAUACACUGAGUGAAAUUAACAGUAUGAUAACAGUAAUUUUGGCUUUAGAAUGAGAAAACAACUAACAUUUUGUGAUGCCAUCUCUGGCUUCCUCAUGAAAUGACAUCUGCUGGACAACUGCAGAAAUUCCUUAUUGAUGACGGGUCAUAACCUAGGUCUGGCCAUGGUAGAGCUUUGGAUCGGCUGAAAAUUAAUUUGCUUCAUCUAAUCAGAAGCAAUUCCCAGAUCUGGGUAGUGACACGUCACCACUAUGGAAUUUCUGCAGUUUUUCCUCAGAUGUCAUUUCAUGGGGAAACCAAUGGUGACAUUGGAAUUGGCUGCUUACUCAAGUUAAUUUUGGCUGUUGUUAUAGAAUCAUAAAGAUGACAAAGACAAUGCAGAUUCAUUGAAGCUGGCUCAAGAUGUGGUCUCUCAGAUUCUGGCAGCAGUUUUAAAUUUUUCAGACCUGAAUGACAAUUUUUGCUUAGCAUGUGAUGAGGCUGGUAUGGUGAAAAUUUUGAUUAAACUUUCUAAGGAAUUGCAAGAUUCAGUUUCUCACCAUGUUGAAUAUAUGGUAGGUAAACAAUAUUAUUAUACUAAGUCAUGUUUUAGCACUUCUUCAUAAAGACUGAUCAUGACCAUGUAAAUGACAGUGUUACAGGGCUUGAAAAUCCCAUCUGUUUGUCCGAGACAAGUGCUUUAGGCACGUAAUUUUUAAAUUUCACUUGCCUGAUGAGCAAUGGUCUAAGAUUAUUGAUCAUCUCCUAACUAAAUCAUUAACUAAGAUGAGCAAGAAGUGACCCUGUGCAGGCAAAAUGUGGGAGCUGCUUGCCCAAAGGACAAUCUGGAAUUCAAGUUUUUUUUUAAGCCCUGUGGUAUAUCCUAGUAAAAUUAUAGCUUAAUAAUGUAAUGCCAAUUUUUUAUAUUGAGAAGGAAAACAGAACAUAGCAGCCAAAUUUCUGUCUGCAGUCUAAAAAUUAAAUUCUGGCCAUGCAUGGGGCAAUCCUUUCUUUUUGGUGACCGCAAAAUGGUUUUUUCAUUUUAAGGUUAAUGGAGUGGAAAGUGUCAAUACAGGCAAGGUUGAGGGGGUACCUGAGGCAGUUACUCCCUGGUAAUAUGUUACCUGGGCAAGGACUCAGGAGGCUCUGGCAUUAAAAAGCUGUUUGAGGCUGGAAGUAUCUUAUGUUGAAAGAUUAUGUAGGGAUUUCUUGAGUCAAGACUGGGUACAAUUGUUGCAAAUUAUAGUAAAUAAUUUUCAAACAGACAUUUUGAAAUGUAGUGACCUGAUUUUAAAAUGUAAAGAGGUGACCCAGGUAAAAAUUUUUGGAAAGCGUAAGUGUUAUCCCACCCGGCAUCCCAGUAAUUUUGACUUGGGUAAUGUUACUGAUUUUUGAAGGUUCUGGUAAUUUUUCUUGAACAAAGGUUUGAUCAUUUUAAGAUUUUAUGCUCAUUGGCCACAAAGCCAUGCCUUAACAUGCGUGAGCUAUACAUUUUUAGUAAUUUGAAAUGAAAUAAAUUUGAAAUUUUGUUUACUUGAAUUGCCUUUUGCCACUUUUGGAAGUCAGGAGAAGGUUAGAUUGCGGCUGUCAGAAGGGAAAAUGAACCAGGGUGGAACUUUUUAAACCUAAUUCGCGCAUUUUUUCUAAAGAUAACAACUGUACGCUGAUGUAUUUCCAUUAUUUGUCAUUUAAAGAAUCCUGAAACUGGGCAACUCUCCAAAUACACAGUGCGAGGCAAAAUGCUUUCCAGAGCCUUGGGAAUCCUUCACAAUUUAUCAAAACGUGUACCAACAAGAAGGAGCUAUGCUGCUUGUCAAGCGAUAGAUGUACUUAUUCCUCUUCUCAAAGCUGAAGUCACACUUUUUAGCGCCAAGAGUCUCCUUGUCUUAGCAUACUUGACAGAUGAAGAGAAUAAUCAUUUAAUAAUGGCAGAUGAAGGUAAUAUUUACAGAGUCGUUUUUUAUGCAGAUUAAUAGUAUUUGAUUGUAGUGUGUACGGUUAAAACAGUAAAUGACUUUACUGGGCUUAAAACUGACAAUGCAUUUUUUUUAAAGAUUUCUUAUUUUAACCAUGUUUAAGAAAAUCAUGACUUUCUAAAUUUGUCUUUGCUAAUUAUUUGAAAUACCUUCCUAAUCGUGAGUUCUUUCCUGCUUCUGUAUUAUUAAGGUGAUUUUACACGAGACGAUUCACAACGACGAGUUUUAGCGCAACACAGUGUUGCAACAUUGUUGCGACAUGGUUCUGAAUAGUUGCAUCAUUGUUCCAACAUUGCAACGCUAUGUUGCGCUAAAAAUCGUCGUCGGGAAUCGUCCCGUGUAACAUUAGGUCCCGCCCAUACGAAUCCAGAUAUUUUGGAAGCUGCAAUUUUUUUUACACCAAUCAGCCUUACGUCCGAACGAAACCAGUGAAUCCAAACCACACCUUUUUGAAACCGCUCUCCAAUCGUUUAGGGUCCCUUCCACACGAAUCUGGGGGCCUAAUUAACUCUUCUUACGAAGCUCACUCUUGAGUUACAGGGCUAGAGAUACUUGUGUGUUUUUGUGUUUUUCCUCUGUAAGAGUUUUCAUUUUUUCCUCAGUCUGUUUACCCGGUAUGUUGUUUCAUUUCAGGUCCAAUUAAAUUCCUUACAAGCCUGCUGCAGAGAGCGUUAAGCAAAUCAGGACACAGAUACAUAGGAUUUUCUGCCUCAGAACUUGCUGAAGGACUAAAUCAAAUCGCAGUAAAUGAUAACAACAAGAAAACGGUAAAAUACUUUACUUCAGCCAUCAAUACAAUUCUCUCUUAUUGGACGUCUUGAAUAAAUAAAGACACAGCCCUCAAAAACGUCACACUUUGAGUUUGUCUUCCGUUCUUCAGUCAUUUUCGCUGACUUUCUUGGGCGGACACCUCCUUCCUGCGGUGUCCGUUUUAGAAGGGGGUCCCCAGUGGGUUUUUUGGGAUCUGGGAUUUGCCUUACACUAUGUAUUUGAAGGCUAGGAAUUGAAGUUCCAAAGCGAAAUGGGUUGAGAUUCGGUAUUGAAAGUAUGCACGGGAUGUGAGAAAUAGCCGAAAACAACCAUCGGGAUUACGGGAUUGAGGAAAGUUUGGGUCGGGAUGAUGGGAUUAAAGAACCUUAUCAGAAGGGACCACUUAGAAGGAUACCGUAAAAUUCCGAAAAUAAGCCCCGGGGCUUAUAUUUUUCAAAGGCCCUUUUUGAGAGGCUUAUUUUUGGAGGGGCUUAUAUUCCGAUGGGCUUAUCUACGGAGGGAAAUUUGCGUUUCAAAAUCGAUUGGGCUAGCCAUAUAGUUGGAAGUAAAUUUACCGUUUUUGCUUUGUUUUACUUUGUAUUUGAGGGCAAUUUUCCAAGUACAAGCCCCCGGGGGGCCUAUAUUUGGAGGGGCGAUUUAACGGAGGGUUUUUUGCGUUACCGGAUUGGGGGGCUUAUAUUUGGAGGGGCUUAUACAUGGAGGGGCCUAUUUUCGGAAUUUUACGGUAUUUAUAUAAACUGGGAGCAGACUGCGUUUAAACGAUAACGUUGUGUCCCACUGUCUCCCCACCCACAUGGUUAAAAUGGAUGGCGAAACUCUAAGCUCUGGUAAUCCUGUGAUAAACUUGCACGACCCAGGGCUCAAAAUAACGGACAGCAGGUCGCCGGUCAUGAGGACCGGCCAAAUAUUUUUUAGCCCGGACAAAGCCCGAUUUUGGCCGGUCAAAUAAUGAAUACUACAGGUGUAUGAUAUUUUUUUCUGGCCUAUGGAAGAUCGUUGUAUUGUACUGACGUUCAGGUUUUUGGCGGCAAGUUGGUGAAAAAUUCAUUCGCACGUUUUUUAGUUCCUUUUUUGCGGUUUUCGCCCGUUUUCAGUGUCCGUUAUACCUUGAGUAUCAUCGUACGGCGGUGUCUGAAGACCUCUCAAGUCUCCCAGGUUCGUCCCAUGAUAUUUGCAUAUCGCUGAAGCUGAAUCUUCUUCGUUGCCCGGCAGCUGAUCGCUUAAUAUUUUCGGCAGAGAAGUUGAUUUGGCGAGAAAUCUGUUCCACAACCAGCGUGUUUAUCAUUAGACUCAAUAAAUACACAGCAGAGCCUUCGUUUGGGUCGUCGCGCAACUUUAUCGCGAAGGACUCAUUAACGUCAUCAAAAAUUUAUAUAAUGCUGUUUACAAGAACGAGAAUUUUAAGUGCCGAGAUGGGAGACGUUCGUUCUCGAUUAGCUUAAAUUUUCAUCAGACUAUUCUGGAAUCGAGUCCACAAACGAGAUUCAUGUUCGAUAUAAAGAAUUUAUUAAAAUUAAUCGAUUAUUCCGGGAGAAACAGUACAGGACGACACGUUGAGAAUUGCGAUCGAUUUGCCCGAAUUCCGUCGAAGGUUACUUUCACAAUCCUCUUGCAAGUAGAAGUGAAACCUUAGAUGGACGAAAACUGUUAGCUGUCCUUUAAUUUUCUAACGGAUAACGGAUUAUCGUUAGUGUAUGCUUCCCUAAGAAGGUCACAUUACUGACUACAGCAAAGCAGAAAGUACGGUACGACCUGCUGCAUCGUUGCGUUAUUCCACAACUCGGUUUGUUGUUGUUUCGCGAGUUGCGUUUCAUUACGACACAUGAACUUAAUUCAUUGCGGCGUUCUUUUUCUUUAAAGGUUUUAGUACAAAGCAGCAAAACGAAAAACCCAAAGAAAAAAUCAUUACAGCGUUAUAGAGUAAUACGCAUUAAGAGAUAACUAUAUGGAAAAUAUUAUGUUAAAAAUGUUGCUAUCCAAAAAUUACCGGUCAAAAUGACCGGCAAGACCGGAGUUUGACCGGUCAAGUCCACAAUCAGGCCGGACAUUGUCCGUUGACCGGCCGUUAUUUUGAGCCCUGCGACCAGUUCACCAGGUAUUAGUUAUUUUUCUUUAAUCUUGUUUAAAUGAAGUAUCUUCAUCAUUAACAAAAACUACGGUGCAGGAAGUACAAGUCCAAACUGUGUUAAAUUAAAAAUGCCUUAUUUACCAUUCUAUGGAUCAAUCGUGGUGUAUGACCUAUAAUUUUAUUUUCUCAUUACAGAUUGCUCGAAGUGGAGCCAUCCCUGUCCUUGUCUCAAUGCUACAAAAAGCUGAAGAUGAUAUUGAGAGACUGAAUGCGUGCAACACAUUGUGGACUUUAGCUUUUGAUGAAGAAAACAGAAACGAAAUAAAUGGAAUUGAGUCUGCCAUCGCUGAGUUGCGAAAACUUCUAACAUCAAAGAAUAACGAAUUGAAAAAAGCUGCUGGUGGUGCAUUGUGGGAAUGUGAAGGGAAGAAAAAGUAUGCUGAAGAGAAGCAGCUGUCAAUCAGUGCACCGGAAGUGGCAGGUAUAUACAUAGAUGACCAGACUCUAAUACUGUAUUUGAUGCUACCUUCUCCGCUUCUAAUUGUCUCGUUAACACUAAAGGAUCUAACUAAAAACAGCUUGACAGAAAUGUGAUGGUAAAUUUGGGCCUGGUGAUACCCUGCAAGCAGAGGUUACAUUUUCGCUGUGUGAGCUGUAGCCUCUGCCGACAACCGUUGAAAUCCGUCUAGAAAUCUGGACGAAUAAAUUUUAAAAACGGGUUUUUCCUGUUCUUGACGGGUUUAGAACAUUGCGUGAGUCUUGCAUAGCAGAUCAGAGUUGUCGCAAUGUUUUUUAUUCCCGCGGAAUUCGCGCCAUUUGACGACAGAGCUGACGAUUAAUUCUGCUUGCGAAUCGCGUGACGAAUUUCGCGCAUGUACGAUAAAAAAAUGAACGGUUGUCGGCAAAGGCUACUUUUCGCACGCCAGCUCACACAAUGUAGCCUCUGCUCGCAGGGUAGCCUGGUGAAUACACGAGAAAGAAUAAUGUUUUUCAUCCGAAUCGCCUAUGUCACUUUCUGAAAAAAGCUCUUUCUCAUGUAUUCACCAUCUCAUUUCUGUCAUUGCGCAUAAGCAGUGUACGGACAAUUUAGUUCUAGCAAUUUGCAGUAUGUUUGUCACAUGAACCUAGUUUAAUGACCUUAGAGCUCACCAGUCUCCUGUAGAUCAUUGGUAGAGCGUCUGGAUUAGUAACCAGAAAGUCAUAGGUUCCACUCCUGUUGAGAGUACUCGGAUUUUUUUCCCGAGCCACCUGUGUCACUCACUGAUAAAACGUUUCUCAUAAAAACAGCUUAAUAAUAUUGCAAAUUGAGUAUAAUUUUGCUGUUUUGUUAGCUUUUUAAUAGAACUUAAUAUUUAUUUAGGUCGUUCCAAAUGAUGCAAGUUCGACGGUUGAUUCAGACGUCAAACUUUGUUAGUCGGACUCAAUUCAUUUUCACGAUGUCCAAUGGUCUAAAAUGCUUACAAGGGAAAUUAAAUUUUAGUAAUUUAUGCAUUAGGUCCGGCACAUUACAAGUUCGACUUUUUGAAACGAAGUCGCUUCUAAUUCAUGGGUCGACCCAAAUUAGGUAUCUCGGACUUAACUGAUUCAAACGUCGAUCUCUUCAUGUACUUAAUUGAAGGGAAUAGGUUCGGCAUACGAAAAGUUCGACGUUUGAACUGGGCCUUAGCAACCAAAAGAGGACAAUAAGACUCUCUUGAAGGAACUCGUUUUAAAUUGUUCUGACGGUUCUUCAACAUGCCUUUUGCUCUCUGAUUUAAUCAUCUGGAUCUUCCUCAAAGUUAUAGGUUGGAAAAAUUAAUGUUCAGAUCAAUUUUUUGAGCGUAUUGGUCAUCUAUGACAUCUAUGUUCUUUCUGAUACUGCUUGGUAGUGUAGCCAAUGAGCUACAGAGAGACUCCUAACAGCGAUUUUCGCCAAUUGCGAGGUUCAUAUCUAACACCAGUUCUGUCUAGGCUAGCAUAAGGUGGUUGUGGCAAGCUUUGAACAGGUUAAAUGCGAUCCAGGCUUUGUUUGAUUUUUCAUAAAAUUCACUCAAGAUAGGCGCUUAUACAGCUUUAUUCAUCACGGGAUCUGGAAUAUCUUCAAGUGUGAGACGGUAACGCAUUAGGGUGAAAUUUGGCAAAAAGGCUUAAGUAGACUAUUAAUUGUGACAAAUAAAUCAGAUUAUUUCAGCCCUUGAAAUUGCUGUGGUACAAAUUUAUCCAGUUAGGUUUAGCCCAAUCUGUUGUAGGUUCAAAUAGCUACACUAGAGGUUCGGAAAGACUGAAUUUGUUUUUGGGUUCACAGGAUUAAAUUAAUGUAUAGCGUAGUAUUUUUGUUUUCACCUAUAAUUUUUUCUUUAGACAACAAACACGUGAUGAUCAGUUAUCAGUGGGACGUCCAAAAAUCCAUGAUUCAGUUGAAAACUCAGCUUCAGGCUCAAGGCUACAAAGUUUGGAUGGACAUUGAUGAGAUGGGAGGCUCUACACUGGAGAGUAUGGCCAGAGCUGUAGAGAAUGCAUCAGUCGUGUUGGUUUGUGUAUCUCAAAAGUACAAAGAGAGUCCCAACUGUAGAUCAGGUAAAAUCGCCUAUUUGAUUACACCCAACCUCCCACCAUCACUUACGAGAAUCUUUCCAUCGGUGCAGCAGUUCUGAAAUCAAUGGCCAAUAAAUUCUUAAGAAGGUUUUUGUGGUCUUUUGUUGUAACAAAGUCUACAACCUAAUCCUAUAAAGAAUGCUACUGAGUGUCAUCGACUUCAACAAAUCGCUAACAGGAGUCCGUAGAGUUGAAAAAAUGGCUUUAUUGGUUCACAGAGUUCGCUUCGUCUCGUUCACUGCCUUUCCAUUUUUUCGGACAACUGAUAUUUGCAUCGGCUAUUUUAAGCUUGCGGGUUACAAUAGGUGAGAGGGGGUGAGAGGUGGUUGGAGUUGCGCUUUAUGGCACUAUUUUUGGAUACGGUGUCGCUUUGCUUGCGCAGGAGGAUGGGUGAAAAUUCGUCCAACAAAACAGUCACAUUGCGCAAUCCGACUCAACAUCAGCUAACAUCCACCCAGUCAGUUCUUUUUACAAAUUCCACUUCCCCUCUGAAGCAUCCCAUUCAUUUUCCUCUACUGGCCGUUCUUGUUUUUUCAUCAUUUUUUUCGACCCCGUUUUUCAUAAACUUCGUGUUAUUUUUAUGUGUUGACGUAUAAUUAGAGGCAGAAUAUACCUAUCAGCUUCACAAAGACAUCAUUCCACUGAUGAUGGAUUAUAAAUACAAACCCGAUGGUUGGCUUGGCAUCAUAGUGGGGACAAAAUUCUGGAUUGACUUCACCGAACGGCAUAAAGUUGAUAGUAAUGUGGACAAACUUGUGAAAGAGCUGGGAAGCAGAGGCAAAAUUGAACUUGGGGAAACCAUUCAAGGUACUGAAUGUAGCUCACAAAUAAUCAUAGUCUGUUUAUCCGAAGUUCUCUUUAGGUUGCGUUUUUACGCAAUUCGUGCACUUUUGUUGCUCACUGACUCAAAUAAAACAUUCCAUCACAGGAAUUGUUUCAUGAAUUAUUUUAAGGGCUUUCACAGGGUAUACUAAAUGACUUGUUCUUUCUAGACUGAUUUAUUGUUCAAAUCGAUGAAUAUAUCCGAGAUUGAGAUUGAGGAUAAAAAGACUGAUGAAUCCGACCCUAAAUUUAAGAAAGAAAGACACGAGAUCAAGGCUUUCCCUUAAAUGAUUCCCUUAAUUCCCUUUUUUUAGUGUUAUAGACAGUCAAUCUAGGGUGGUUUUGCAAGCUAUACAAUUUCGACGUGUGUUUUUUUUUCUGUUUUAUUUUAGCUACCACGUUGGAUCUUACAGACGCCAAGCCCCAGCGAUCUAUCAGUUCAUGGACGUACGAUGACGUAAUUAGUUGGCUCAAGGAGGUCGGACUAGAAAACCGGUCAGUGGAUUAGAUUGAAAACUAGUUUAAGGUGGCUCCGUAAUUAAUACAAGAGCAUUUAACUGUGACAAAUUUUCCGUCAUAACUUUUUGGUUUUUGACGCGAUGGCUGCGAAACUUGGCAAAGAACAACAGAUAUCAUUCGGCAAUAACACAAAAUAUUCCGAUUUCACUGACGGUAAAUAUUUCUUGAGAAAUUAGUGCUUAAAAGGACCCUACUGUUCAAAGAAAAUCGAGUCUAGUAAAAAAUUUUGCUGAUAUUUUUUACUGAAAUUUCUGGUAUCGGCUUUAAUUGAUAUAAUAAAUAUGCCAGAGGAAUUUCAGAAAAAUCGUUGGAGCAGAAGUCCGUAACUAAAAGUCGGUCAAAAUUCAGCUGUGAAAUUGUUUUGGAAUUUCAAAAAUAAAUUACUAUCAGGUAGAAGGAGCCACCAGUUUGAAUUUUCGGGACAAGUAAAUUCAACGCUUGCUAACUCUUAAAACAAAAGCCGAUUGCCUAUCGUGCUAUUCUUUGAAAGGUACUUUUUAGUUUUAGAAGAACUAUAAAUUGCUCCAAACUUUGCUCUGAAGUAGAAUGACUUGUUCGUCGACAGUUUUAAAAUAUCCCUUGGCAGUUUUGGCUCAAACUCCCGCUGCAUACAUUUUGAUGUAUUGCCGUGCAUUUUCAGCGACUUUUACUGCCGUUCGUUGCUUCCAACUCAGGAAAAAAGUAUUGAGAUUGGACGCUACCUCGUAUCAGAGCUCAGAAAGAACUGUCCAGCACCUUUGUUUAUGACUACAAAAUGAGCACGAGCGGCAGUUCUGCGUGGAAUUCGCACCUCACCCAGGGGGGACGAACGACAAUGAUGACCAUGCUUGUGAACCAAAUAACAUCACAGUGCAAAAUAAAAUUAUCGCAAAAUUACUGCCCGUGAAUCAAUUUACAACUCUGAAAUUUUUGUCACUCCUUCCUUCAAUGAAUGGGUAUUUUUUUCUUGAUUAUUAUGUUUUGCUCUGCAAUACAUGUUUAUACAGAUCGGUUCACAGACAUGGGCAUCAUUGUCACUCGUCCCCCCUGGCUGAGGUGCGAAUUCCUCGCAGAGCUGCCGCUCGUGCUCAUUUUCUGGUCAUAAACAAAGGUACUGGACAGUUCUAUCUCAGCUUCGAUACUAGGUAGCUUACAAUCCCAAUACCUUUUUCCUGAAUUGGAAACAACGUAAAGCAGGAAAAGCCGUUGGGGAUGCUUUGCAAUACAUCAAAAUGUGUGUAGCAGGAGUUUGAACCAAAACUGCCAAGGGAUAUUUUAAAAAUGUCGAGGAACAAGUCAUUCGAUGUCAGAGCAAAGUUUGGAGCAAUUUAUAGUGCUUCUAAAAACUGAAAAUUACCUUUUAAAGAAUAGCACGAUAGGCAAUCGGCUUUUGUUUUAAGAAUCAGAAAACACACUGAAGUUGCUUGUCCCGAAAAUUGACACUGGUGUCUCCUUCUUCCUGAUAGUAAUUUAUUUUUGAAAUUCCAAAACAAUUCCACAGCUGAAUUUUGACCGACUUUUAGUUACGGCCUUCUGCUCCAACGAUUUUUCUGAAAUUCCUCUGUCAUAUUCAUUAUAUCAAUUAAAGCCGAUACCAGAAAUUUCAGUAAAAAAUAUCAGCAAAAUUUUUUACUAGACGCGAUUUUCUUUGAACAGUAGGGUCCUUUUAAGGGCUAAUUUCUCAAGAAAUAUUUACCAUCAAUGAAAUCGGAAUAGUUCGUAUUAUUGCUGAAUGAUAUCUGUUGUUAUUUGCAAAGUUUCGCAGCCAUUGCGUUAAAAUCGAAAAAGUUAUGACGGAAAAUUUGUCACAGCUAAAUGCUCUUGUGUUAAUCACGGAACCACCUUAACAGUCACGUUUUUUGACAAUGAUGGUUAUGAUGGUCACGGAUUGAAUGUAUCGUUUGAUUUUGUGCUGGUGGUGGUGAUGGAGGGGGGGGUGUCCCACACACAAAUAAGAACACGUCAUGAACGCGAGGGAGUGGGACACCUCUCUUCUAGCACGUGAUCGCCUCGCUCGCGCCCGUCUAUUAGCUCGCGCCACAGGGUACCACGAUAGUGGAGAGCAGUAGAUCAAGCAGCGUUGCAAAUCAGAACAGAGUUUCAUUUUUUUCCUCGUCUAAUACAUCACUGAAAGGGAGAUUUCUAGCAGGGAACGUUUUUCGUGGAAAUGGUACAGAAUAAUGUAGGCGUUUAUCAUUCAUGUGAGUUAUUGAAUUGGCAGAGUCUAGUGUUGAAGGACAAAUAUUUUAUUAUUGUCAUGCAGAUUAGAUCCAAAAGCUGUGCGAAGAUUGAAUGGUCGAAUGCUACUGCGACUACAAGAUCUCAGGAAAGAGGUAAAACUUUAUUCCGUAAUAUUUUGUUUACACGGGAUUUCGUUCCGCUAUUCACACCACCUGUUCACUGCCAAUGUGUGAACUGUUCUGUUCCAAAAUGGAAAAUGGGCACCCUGAAAACGCAGAGAGCUUCAUUUUGGUGCCAGUAUUUUGCUCAGUCUCACUGAUGUGACGGACCCAGACCUCUCAAAUAUCAGAUCGCAUCGCAGGUUCGUUCUAAUGUAAACGGUAUACUAUUUCGCAACACUGCAGUACCUCAGCUUUAGUAGAAACCAGCUUCUUUAACUAGAAGUGUGAAGAUAGCUUGUUGGUAACGUGAUAAAACAAUUAAGGGGAGAGGUACCGUAUUUUAUUUGGGUCAUACAUUAGCCAUGUAAUCCUAACUUUCAACGCUACAACGACUUCUUUGCUUUCAGAGCCCGGAGUUCUUCUACUCUUCAAUUAAGAGCGAGUUCAAACUGACGAGCGUGUUUGAUGUGGUGGAUUUCGUAGAUGCACUGGCAAACUUGGAGAGAUGAUCCACGCCGGACCCUUGGACAAGCACAUUUUACCAGCUGCUGAAGAUGUCUGAAGACUACCGAAGAUUUUCGAGGAGAAAUGUGAAUAUUUUCGACUUUAUUUUCGUCGUUAUAUUCACAUAUGAAUGAAAUAUACUUUUACAGUGUCCAGAUAUGAGUUUUUCAGUGAGAGAAAUUCUUCCCCGUUAUGCCUGAAAGCGCACGAGAACUUUAACAACACUGGAGGGAAGUCCUGUCGAUGCCGCCAUGAUUCGACUUCGCCCUGACGCUGACCAGAGGAUCGUGACACUUGAUAGGGGAUGGUCACCAGUACUCCCUCCCCAGCCCAGAGAAUACUGUUGCGCAUGGAUCGAAAAACAGACUAUAGCCCCUCUGCGCAGAGGCUCAAAGUUCAUUACACGUUAUUAAAAAUUGUUGCGAUUCAAUGAAACAAUACUCACUAAAUAUUUAUGAGUUUUUGAAGAUAAAGAUAACUUAAAUUACUUAAAAUGACAUUCAAGGUAGAUGGCAAUCAAUGUAGGAAUUUCAGACGCCGUACUUUUCAUGUGCCAAACCUAACUGAAUAAGAUCG